AAAGAGAGAAAAGAAAACAGAGAAAUCCCAGGAGCCGUUCGGUUUGGGCGGCGUUGCGUUGUCUUCCCCAUCAGAAAACCCUAAUCUUCCCCUCCUCCUCCUCCCCCUCUCGCCGCCAUGACGCCCCCCUUCCGCCCGUCCCCGACCUCCGCCGUGCCCCCGCACCGCGGCUGCGUGGGUGACCACUGCGCCUCGGGCCGCGACGCCUGGCCGCUCCACCAGGUCCGCCACGACGGCGUCUUCUGCCGCCUCUGCUCCUCCUGCGUCCUCCUCUACCACCCCUCCGCCUUCUGCUCCGCCUGCCUCCACCUCCUCUCCCCCACAAACCCAAACCCCGCCGCCCGCCCCGACCCGGCCUUCGCCCCGCCGGGCCCCACCGCGCCCUGCUCCGGCUGCGGCCUCGCCGUCGCCCACCUCUCCUGCGUCCCGGACCCGGCCUCCUUCCUCUGCGCCCCCUGCGCCGCCGCCGAGGAAGGCCGCCCCUUCUCCUACGCGCCCGCGGGGCGCCGCGUCCUCGACGAGCGCGCCGCGCGCGUGCUCCUAAUCGCCGCCCGCCUCGCGCACGAGUCCGUCGCCCGCGCCGCCGCCGCCGCCCGCGCCGAGGCCGACCGCUGCGUCGCGGAGGCCGCCGCCGCCAGGAAGCGCUCCCGGGAGAUGCUCGACGCCGCCUUCCGCGCGCUCGAGGAGGAGGCCAAGCAAGCCAAGAUCGCCAAGCUAGCCAAGCCUGCCCCCGCACCCCCGGCUCCGCCCCCGCCCCCGCCCAAGAAGAAGACUCCCAAGAGCAGCGAGGCCAACAGGGACAGGGACAAGAUGCUCAAGUUCAACGCCAUGCAGCAGCCCGCGCUGGCCUUCGCCGCCGUCGCGGCCGCCGCCGCUAGCUCCAUGCCUUCGAGGGAGGACAAAAAACAGACGAAACAUGAUACACAAGGUUCCGUGGAUGCUCCAGCGGAUGGUGAACCGAAGGUGCUCUUUGGGACAUUGCAAUCGUAAGAUUGGGGGUGGUAUCACAAUCAUCUUUGUUGUAGCUAAGCGUUCCGUCGUUCCGACAAGGAACCGUGAGUUCUGGCCUUCUGGGGUAGUUUAUGCCUGCUUGAAUAUAAGAAUCCCCAUAUUGGAGAGUCUUUGCCGUAAAUUCUAGCCUUGACAUGUUAUAUGAUCCUGUUAUCUAUGUAAUGUAGCUGCUUCGCUUCAUGUCUCAUAUUCGUUAUUAUUGCUCUUUGAGAUGAUAAUUGUCCGGUGUUCAGACUUGUAGAUUGAGAAAACAUGGUGAUAAAACUUUUUUUUCCUGAUUCAGAAACCUUUGUGAGUCAAAUGUUAUUCUUC